AUGGGGUCUGGGCUGUACCAGAGGCUGGGAACAGCUCGUGACAUUGUGGAGACUGUCCAUAGCCGUUCCAGGGACAUGGCCAUGGUUGAGGACUCUGGCUCCAAAGUGGACACAGUUUGUUUUAGGAAGAUGGAUGGUAUUACCUGGCCCUACAUGUCCAUUGGAACACUACGUGAUCAAGUCAUCUAUCCAGACACAGUGGAUGACAUGCACGAGAAAGGCUACCAAGAUCAAGAUCUGGAGUCUAUCCUGCACAUGGUUCACCUGUACCACAUAGUUCAAAGAGAAGGAGGCUGGGAUGCUGUCAUGGAUUGGAAAGAUGUUUUAUCAGGAGGAGAAAAACAAAGGAUGGGCAUGGCUCGGAUGUUCUAUCAUAAGCCGAAAUACGCAUUACUGGAUGAAUGCACAAGUGCUGUAAGCAUUGAUGUUGAAGGAAAAAUAUUCCAAGCUGCAAAAGCUGCUGGGAUAUCCCUGCUUUCUAUUACACACAGACCUUCUCUUUGGAAGUACCACAGUCACUUGCUGCAGUUUGAUGGACAAGGUGGCUGGCGUUUCGAGCAGUUGGACACCGCCAUCCGUUUAACACUGAGCGAGGAAAAACAGAGACUGGAAUCCCAACUUGCAGGAAUUCCUAAAAUGCAGCAGAGACUGAAUGAACUGUGUAAAAUCUUGGGAGAAGACUCGGUGCUUAAAACAGUGGACAAAGAGGAGUAAAUAAUUUAUGU